AUGGAUUCCGACUUUGCCUCUUACUCCAGCCUCAGUGGAAAUGGUGCAGCAUCGUCAGGUGAAGCUUCUCACCAGCCUUCAGGACCAGAGUCCCUAUCGUCGCCGAAGCCACACGUAAAUCCCCAUGGCGAUGGUUUUGGGACGGUCCGCGAUGGCAGCAGCCCUCUCAAAAGGUCCGCAGAGCCUUCCGACGAGCAGCAGCCUUCCAAGCGCUACAAACCUGGCUUCAACCACGCCUACAUGGAUCUGCUGAACAUCGACAUUGAGGAUGCCACGAAUCGGGUUGUGCUUGAGAAACGGCCACUGCUCAAACCGAAUCAAGUGGGCAUGGUUACCUGGACAAGCUUGGAGAAGGAUCUCUUCUAUGAAGCGUUGGCGAGAGUGGGAAAGGACGACCUAUCGGGCCUUGCAUCGCGAGUCCGCACCAAGAGCGAACUCGAGAUCCGACAAUACCUCAAGCUCUUAGCGGACCAGCAUGAGCAGAUGCAGUCAGAUCCCCAUUAUCGGUGGGAGGAUCAUCUCGAGAAGGCGGACUAUCCGGCGGCCAAGGAACUGGGUGAGGCCUGUUGCGAUGCACUCGAGGAAGUCGCUGAUGACAUGUUGCUCCGGAUCGAGCGACACGAGCAAAAGACGGAGGAGAAGAAAUGGGGGGACUACUGGCUCAUUAAUACCCCAAUCGCAAAACUCAUCGACGAGGACAGUGCCUUGGAGCAUCCCCUGGACUUCGCUGAGCUCUUCAAUCUCCAGUCUUGGCUGCGGCUCCCCAAGCGCGUGUACAUGAACUCUUCGUGCGAGGGCGAGAACUGGCAGGACUUGAGUGACGAGGCGCCAGCCAUACGCGCUACUGCACUGAAGGACUUUCAUGCGCUCGCCGUCGCCGUCACUCGCAAGCUCGUCUUGUCUAGUCUAUACACGUCACAGUCACGGAUCAAGGCGAAGCAGGUCAUUCAGCCAAACAUACGAAAAGCCGUCAAGGUCAAGGACGUGGAGGGCGCGCUGGCCUCUGCGGGCAUGAAGCGAGACUCGAGGCAAUACUGGGCAACCUGCGCGCGGCGCCUAGGACUCCAGGUCCACGACACGCCUUUCGAGGACGGCGCGGGACUUGGCGUCGACAAUGAUGAGCCGCCUAUGUCAUAUGCCGAAGUAGAGCAACAACUGCUCCCUUGUCCUGAGCCACCUGCUCAGCUUACGCCGCGGGUGGUCCGGCCGUGGAAGAAGACCAAUGCGCACACUAUCGAUUUCGACUUCUCAGACACGUCGUCUGCCAAUGAAGAGGACACAGAUCAAGUCACCUCGUCAUCGCCGUCGUCUGACGAUGAAGACGAGGCUACCUUGGAGGACGAAGAUGAAGAGCUCGCCGUCCAUGACGAAGUCAACGAGGCCUUGCUGUACACUGUCAAUGAGCUUCCCAAGACGCAUCGCACGCAGGAGGCUGUUGAAAUGCGUGUGCGUCUGGACCGCGAACAGGAAAGACAUGCUGAGGCUAUCGAUGCGCAGGGUAACUACGAAGAAGAGAAAGCCAUGUGGACGCUGGUGGGCAAAUCACCCCCAGAGCCCCUGGUGAAGCCAGAUCAGGCGAAGACGCCGCCCAAGUCGACGAUGAGACUUGAAGAAGUCCAUGAUUCAGGAGCUCACUGGAGGAACAAGUUGGAAUAUGCGUCUGAGUGGGAAAAACACGGAUUCUCAAAGCUCUCGGAUUUUAAAUUUUAA